AUGGGGUGGUCAGCAGCAAAGCCACCAACCCCAAGUCCAUUGAAAACGCUCUCAUGCAGGCACUCACCAAACAGGUGCCCUUCCCAGGAGACGUCUGCACCACUCCCGAGGAAUUUGAGCAAAAAGUCAAAGAGGUCUUGCGCUGAUGCUUGCCCCGAAAGGAUGAGCGCCAGCUUUAAGCCCCCUGGACGCGUGCGGUCUCAAGUGCUCUUCCCCUCCCCAGCGAGCAACGGCAGCAGAGUGCUGUUGCAGAUACGGGAGUGUGUCUUCUCCUCUACAGAAAGCGGAAAGGCCUUUGCGGCCCUUCACAGACGAGUAGAGUGGUUUUUGCAUUGGUUUAUUGAAUCGGCGUCUUCGAUCCAUCCUGACCCCCAAUGGGUGGUGCUGCUGCCUUACCUAUGCUACCUCUCCGAUAGAGACCUUGCGAAAGCGUCUCAUGAGCCUCUAGAGAAGAGCCUGCGGGAAACGGCACGAAAGCGCGUACAAGAGAUGCGUUCGCGCGCGGAUGCUUCGGGAUGUCUGGUGGGAUUGCCCGUGUCUGAAGGGGACGCUGAGGCUGCGGAAGGCAGGGGAAGGGCCGCCUAUACAGCGCCCCCUGUUUUUGCGGCUUAUCCCGAUGCUUCCGCUGCUCUUGCUGCCGACAUGGCGGCUGUUGCUUCCGCAGCUGCGGCAGGGGCCCCUCAGCAGCGCGUAAACAGUAAGAAAGCGGGAGCAGGCGGCCGGGGGCCUAAGAGAGAGAAGGCUGCCGUUGCUACACUGGGUGCUGCCGCAGUGGAAGGUCGAUGCAAGCGAGAAGAAUCGGAAAAGAGUGGGGCAGCGAGGCCACCAGAGGGCCCGUGUGAGCUCGCCGGUAUCAUCACGCUGUACACUUUCUACGCUCUCACCGGGUACAGGCGCCGCCUCAGUCAGUGCCUUGUCUUCCCACACGUGCAAAGCAAAGGUCAGGGCUGCUGGCGAUCUCGAAGAGUUUCUGCUGCUGCGGAUGCUGGGCUAGACUGCAGGCACUAACCAGCGGCCCCCAUAAAUGUAACUGUGGUGGGCUUAGGCAUUGGGAUGCGGACGCUGGAGUUCGUCUACCAAGAUAUCAUACUUGACCCCAAAGUUAUCGAGUUCACGGUGGAAGACCCCGCCACAUCCUUCUCCCAGUUGCGGGACGUAGUGUGCCUCAAGUUGGCGGUGGAUCUGGGAAUUGUCUCUCCAGAGAUGCUGUACCCCUCGUCCCAGGGGGCAGCAGCAUCAGCAGGUCUCGUGGAAUUAGAGCCGCAGCAGCUCCGCGCGGCGACGUCCUCUUCCUCCCUAUCGGGUGUGGCCUCGGGAGGCAUGGGCUCAAUCUCCCUCCACACAGCUCCUCCCGGCGUUCCUUGUGCCGAAUGCUUUAGACGGGUGUUGAAGGAAACAAAGACUCAGGCCGCCAGACUAACGGAGAUCUUGGCCCUGGCAGCAGUUCUGCCGGAGCCUGCCCCCGAGCUUGUGCAGGAAACGCCCGUCAGCGCGGGACGAAGGGACUGGAGGCCGAGCGACGGUGCCGUGGGGUGUCCAGACACCGCACAGCAGCAGACGCCGCCGCAUGGGCACGAGGCAGCAGCAGGCCAAGGAACCUUGCGUGCUCCUUUGGCGAAGCGCGCAGCGACCCCCUGCAACCGGGGGGCCUCGGGGGGCCCCUUAUACAGCACAGCUUUCCACAGGAGUGCCCAGUGCGCAGCAGUGAGGCAGCGCGUGAAGCAGAGGCUCAAACGGGAGAGCUACGAUCUGCUCUGUGAGCUUCCGGUGCAGCAGCAGAAGGCGGACCUCGACAAGAAGUGGGCAGAAACGUACUCCAAGUAUUACAGAACGAUCGUGAAGCUGCGAAGACUUUUGGGAAGAAGCCCCGCAGCAGCGCAUCAAGAGGCGGUACAAGCGGGGGGGGGACGCUCGAAGAGGCAGAAGCCAGGCAGCGCUGGAAUGCAGUAA